AGAGAGAGAGGGAAAGGACAGUCAUGCAUUUACGAGCAGACACCUACUCGCAAUUUCUCACCAGACUCCCACUCACACGCUUUCAUUUGCCGCGAACACAUCGGGGCACCUGAUUUGCAGCCACUCGGUGUUUGGAUCUUUUUCACGCCAACAUGCCGUCCUGUGUCUGGCUGCUUGCUCUGUCUCUGGCAGCACUAACAGGACACGCUGUUGCUGCUGUUUUAUACGAACAGACUGAGAGGAACUGCUCCUUUUCCCCACCGCACCUCCCCAGCACAGCCGUAAAUACCACCCUCCAGCUGCAGGAGUUACGAGAGCAAAUGCGUCCCCUGAAUAUCUCUGCCUACAUUAUCCCUGGCACCGAUGCCCACCUGAGCGAGUAUAUCGCACCACGUGACGCCAGGAUGGCCUUCAUGACCGGAUUUACAGGCUCCGCAGGAACCGCCAUAGUCACCCCGACCAGGGCUGCCCUGUGGACUGACAGCCGCUACUGGGUCCAGGCCGAGAGACAGCUGGACUGCAACUGGGAGCUGGAGAAAGAUGUGUCCAUCAUCAGUAUCGCUGAGUGGCUCAUCUCUGAGGUUCCACCAGGCGGCGAGAUCGGCUUUGACCCCUUCCUCUUCUCCCUCCAAACUCAGGAGAACUACAACAUGAAUCUGGAGUCAAGUAAUCGCACCCUCAAGUCCAUCCCCACUAACCUGGUCGACCAAGUGUGGACAAACAGACCGCCCAUCCCUCCUGAUAAUAUCACCCGCCUGCCCGACAGAGUCAUACAAAGGUCCUGGCAAAUGAAAGUGACAGACAUAAGGAAUCAGAUGAAGGAGAAUCUGUACGAACCGACAGCUCUUCUGCUUUCAGCGCUGGAUGAAACAGCCUGGCUGUUUAACCUGCGUGGCAAUGACAUCCCAUACAACCCCUUCUUCUACUCCUACACCCUGCUUACAAUGGAUCAGAUCUGGCUGUUUGUGCACACGCACAGAGUAACAGAGGAACUGAAGGUGUACCUGAACACAUCCUGUGAAGGACCCCUCUGCGUGCAGCUGAAACAGUACGACACAGUCCGAGAUAUUCUGAUUAACUAUGUGUCCCAGCCUGGUGUUAAAGUGUGGAUCGGCACAGAAUACACAAACUAUGCACUCUAUGAGCUUAUUACACCAGAGGAAAAACUGCUGACCAGCUCCUAUUCCCCUGUGCUGACGACUAAAGCCAUAAAAGAUGAGACGGAGCAGCAGGUCUUAAGGGACGCUCACGUGAGAGAUGCAGUCGCAGUCAUCCAGCUGUUAAUGUGGCUAGAGAAGGCAGUGCCUCAGGGAAAGGAGACUGAGCUGACUGCUUCAGAAUAUGUCGAUAUGUGUCGCAGCAAACAGAAGGACAGCAGAGGCCCAAGUUUUGAGACGAUCUCUGCAAGUGGACCCAAUGCCGCACUCGCCCAUUACAGCCCUACAAAGGAAACUAGCCGGAAGUUGACGGUUGAUGAGAUGUACCUGAUCGACUCUGGCGGCCAGUAUCUAGACGGGACCACUGACAUCACUCGAACUGUUCAUUGGGGAACCCCAACUGCCAUGCAAAAGGAGGCCUUCACUCGAGUGCUCAUGGGAAACAUUGAAAUAUCACGAACCAUCUUCCCCUCAGGAACAAGAGGUGUAAACAUGGAGAUGCUGGGCCGCAGGGCAUUGUGGGAAGUGGGCCUGAACUAUGGCCAUGGCACAGGUCAUGGUGUUGGAAACUAUUUUGGUGUUCAUGAGUGGCCAGUUGGCUUUCAGGGCAACAACAUCGGGUUCAGAUCAGGCAUGUUCACAUCUAUAGAACCUGGAUACUACAAGGAGAAUGACUUUGGGAUCAGGAUUGAGGACAUUGCUGUGGUUGUACCUGCACAGACAAAGUAUGGUCAUAACUACCUGACUUUUGACACUGUGUCACUGGUCCCCUAUGACAGAAAACUGAUCGACACGUCUCUCCUCAGCUCACAGCAGCUUCAAUGGCUGAAUAAUUACUACGAGACAAUCCGGAAGGUGCUGGGUCCUGAGCUGGACAAACAAAAACUGCCUGAGGAAAAGGACUGGAUGCUGAAAAACACAGAGCCCUUCAGUGCAUCUGGAUCGUCUGCUUCUGUCUACUCCUCCUCUCUGACCCUCAUAGCCCUGACGAUCACUCUACUCCACAACAUCAACUGAGCUCCAUCCCUCUGCUCCAGCCUGGACUCUAAUACUCCUCCUAUGCAGUCUCUGAUGAGCAGCUUUACCAGGAUGCACUUCAGUUUAGCCUUUUUUAAAUGAAAGGAUGCAUUUGUUGGAUUAUUUAAAUUAUUUAAUUAUGAAGAAAAGUGACUGAUAUUGUGUAGGAAGUUUUAAAUUUUCCUGUGUGUGAUUCAUUGAUGUCUUUGGUUUUUAAUUGGAGAUUUGUAUAACCAGCUGAUAUAAUUUCUAUUUUAUUAAAGUAACACUCCUUAA